UAUCAAUAACUAUUUUUGUUAGUUAAAUACAAAAAAUCUGGUCACAAACAUGGUGUCCUGUAUAAAAAUCAACAAAACAUCUUAGGGUGUUUAAAAUAAAGCACACACAAAAAGCAUUGUAUAUUAACUUAAAUUUUAGGUGGAUUAUAAGGAAACACUAACAAAGCUCAAAAAAUGUCUAAACGUAAAAAGGGAGCAGCCUUAAUUGACUCAGAUAGUGAUGAAAGUGGCAGUGGCGGUGAAGACUUAGAUGAAGGACUUCGAGCCUUAGUGAAAAGCAAACGAAGAAGAACAAGCUCUGAUUCUCACUCUGAUGCUAAGGUGCAGAAACCAGCAGCACGAAGUGACUCGGAUUCAGAAACUUCCAACAGUGAUGAUGAUUGGACAGUUAAUGGAAAAGAUGGAGCAAAGAAGAAAAAAAACAAGAAAAAGCCGAACAAAAAGCCAACUGCUUUGUCCUCUUCAGAAAGUGGUGGUGAGGAAGAUGCCAAGAAAUCUGAGUCAGAACCAGAAGAAGGGGAGGUCUCAGAUUCUGGCAGUGAUGAGUCUGAUGAAUCAGAUGAAGACAAAUUUCAGGACGGUUAUGAUGAGAAUCUGAUAGGUGAUGAUGAAGAUAAAAAGAGACUAGAAGCCAUGACAGAGAAAGAGCGAGAGCAAGAGCUUUUCAAUCGUAUGGAGCGAAGAGCGGCUCUUAAAAAAAGAUUUGAGAUUCAAAAGAAGUUGAAGAAGGCCAAAAAAGAACAAGAGAAAUCAAAGCCGCAGUCUUCCGACCAAAUGCUUCCAACAGUAAGUGAACGAAGCAAAGAGCGGCGUAAAUACAUGGAACAACGUAAAGAUAAUAAAAAGACCUCUGCUUUUCAAGAUCUGAAAGCAAAAAGAGAAGAACAGAAGAAGAAAGCUGAACAAAUUCAAGCACAGAAAAAAAUUAAGGCCAGUGAUAUUUACAGUGAUGACGAUGAUGAUGAAAACAGUAGCGAAGAAGAGAAGAGUGAUAAGGAGGAGCGAAAGAAGGAAACAAAGGAACGGGAGCGUGAGCGGGAAAGAGAGCGUGAUAGGGAAAGAGAACGUGACAGGGAGGAAGUAGCCGAGUCCAGUUCAGAUGAGAGUGACAGAUCAUCAUCAAGAUCAGACUCAGAGGAAGAGGUAAGCCGACCAAAACACAGAAAAAUCAAAUACAUAUCAACUAAAGAGGAACUAAGCAGGAUACGACUAUCUAGGAAUAAAGUGGAAAAAUGGUGUCAUAUGCCAUAUUUUAAAAAAGUAGUCACAGGCUGCUUUGUGCGAAUAGGAAUAGGCAAUCAUGAAGGACGUCCUGUGUACAGGGUAGCUGAAAUAGUUGAUGUUGUAGAAACAGCUAAAGUUUAUCAACUUGGAACCACAAGAACAAACAAAGGAUUGAAAUUAAGGCAUGGUGGAGCCGAGCGUGUGUACAGACUUGAGUUUGUGUCCAAUCAGGACUUCUCAGACACUGAGUUUAACAAGUGGAAGGAAGCCAUGGAGUUGGGCCACCAUCAGAUACCUACACUAGAUGACAUUGCCAGGAAGGAGGAUGACCUCAAGCAGGCUUCUGAAUACAAGAUCAAAGACAAGGACAUUGAAGAGAUAGUAGCAGAGAAACAGAAAUUUAGAAAAAAUCCUCACAAUUAUGCAGUGAAGAAAGCUGAUCUUAUGAAAAGAAAGGAACAAGCAGAUAUAGAUGGCAAUCAAGAGUUAUCUCAGAAGUAUGCUCAGGAAUUAGAAGACUUGGAGGAAAGAGCACAGGAAUUAGACAGGCGCCGCACAUCUAACAUCAACUCUAUCAGCUACAUUAAUCAGAGAAAUCGUGACAGAAACUUGGUGGAGGCAGAGGAUGCCUUGAGGGCAGAAGUGGCUGAGAUGAAAAAUGCUACAGCUGACCCAUUCACAAGAAGACACUGCCGUCCAACGCUUGUCACAAGGACUCACGAAACCAAAGGAAUGAAAAAACCAGACGAGCCAGUUAAAAAGUCAGCAGUGGCGUCAUCUCUUGACCCUGCAGGUUCAGGCAUCCCAACAUCCAAGUCUGCUCACAUUGAUUUAGCCAUGGGAGCUGACCGGACGGAUGGACAAGAAAGGAGACUCUCUGAUGACCUUUUUGCUGUCCAUGAUUUCGAUAUUAAAAUUGACCUGGAUGUGCCAUCUGGUGGUGGGCAGGUAGUUGUUCCGACUCCACCUCUUCAUAAUCCACGAGACACAGCCCCUAGACGAUCUUUAAAUCUAGAUGACUACAAGAAACGCCGUGGGCUGAUGUAGUGACAAGAUAAAAAGAUAAAUCAUUUUACAAUAACAAACCUUGGGAGAUGUCAUUUGUACACAUCGAUGUAACAUGAGAAGAUUGUGCUUGAAAAUGAUUGGAUGGUUGUGUUUAGCUGACGAUGUGGAUUUCUUACAGAAGCCGAGGCUGAUUCAUUAGUCGUUAUAGACACUCUUGUUAAUUAUGUACAUAUUUAUUUGCCUCAAUCCAAACAAUAAUACAAAGAAAGUGUAAUUAUUUUUAAAGAAUUUGUUGACAUGUGCUGGCUUGGCUGACGACCCCUCACGAUCAUCGAGAACUUAAUGAAAUAAUAGACAGCUUUUACCUCUGUUGUCCAUAUUUAAAUACUUACUGACUUAUGUUCUAUACCUGAGCCUAAUAGGCAUCUUUGUCCUAAUUGUACAAGUAGUUAAGGGUUUGAAACUAUUGAUGCCAUGCUGACGAUGUAUAACUUAUGUGAGUUGAUCUGAAUUAUGUUCUCAACUAUGAGUGCUAGUGUGUAGAUUAUGAAGUAUGUUUUGUACCAUGUCCAUAAAGCAGCUGGUUUAGAUUUAAGCUGUAGGUUUAUGAUUUCAUGAUUAUUAUUAUAUAUAUAUUUUUUUCAAAAUGUUGUUUUCUUAAUAAACUCGAUUAAUGUAAAAUUUUUAUGUUAGUGUGUGUGUGUGUGUUUGUUUUUUAAUUUUUAUAUUAAAUGAACAUCUUGUUCCAAUAUUGUCUACGUUGACAAACUGUUCAAUCAGUAUUAUCAGACAUCAUUUAUUCAGAAUGGGCAAAUUGUUUGCGUCUAACACAGGUAAUAUAUUUGUGGUGAAGUCUGUUUUAAUUAGAGCAGAUGUUCUCCCACUUUUUUGAGUGAGGAUUCCAUUUUGUAAAGCUAAUGUGACCCCAUAACAUCAGUGAAUAAGAAAAACGUUUCCUUAUAUAGGCUUAAAAGUACUUUCUUACACAGAAAUGGAGUCACCAAACCAAAUGAAUUAUUUUAAUGGUUUGGAUUUGUAAAAAUGUUUCACAAGUUUCGAAUGUUCCUUCAGAGUUGAAGAUUAUCUAGAUCCUAGCCCAGACCUCCUGCCUGAUGAGGGGGGAUGGCAGUAGGCAGGGUAUGAACCUGGGGCCAGCCAUCGAGACAGCAGAUUGACAGUCCAGUGCAGAGUUGACCUAGGGCCAUCGAGAAGACAGAUUGACAGUCCAGUGCAGAGUUGACCUAGGGCCAUUGAGAAGACAGAUUGACAGUCCAGUGCAGAGUUGACCUAGGGCCAUCGAGAAGACAGAUUGACAGUCCAGUGCAGAGUUGACCUAGGGCCAUUGAGAAGACAGAUUGACAGUCCAGUGCAGAGUUGACCUAGGGCCAUAUAGAAGACAGAUUGACAGUCCAGUGCAGAGUUGACCUAGGGCCAUCAAGAAGACAGAUUGACAGUCCAGUGCACAUACCGCAAAACCAGGCAGCCAUAUUUACUCCUAGAAUAAGUGUUACAUGGUUAUGUUUUAUUUUUCAGACUUUUUGAGAUAAUUGUUACUUUUAAAUUUGAAUUAACAUUUUUUAAAAUCUUAAAUUCAUUUAGGAUUGAUAUAAUAUUUGGGAGAACCCCAAAGAAUGGUGCAACCCAUUCCACCUUUUUAUGUUUCUUUGUUCUCAGGCUUGUGCCAGUUGGUAACUAUUUGUAACAUGUGGUCACAAUGGUUUCUUGUGUUCUAAAUUUGAUGGUCUAGUUUUCAUUAGGAGAAUAUGUUUCAGGGCUUGCUUGAGCAAAGCUAUAUGUAGGCCAGGGUCAGGAAUAUUUUGUUAGAAUUAGUUGCCAACUUUUUUUUUGUCUAAGUCUACAAGAACCUUUAUAAACCAGUUCUAUUUAUUGUAUACAAUAAUGAAAUUCUGUAGUAAUUUAUGGCAUGUAGACAUUACUUGUGUAGGUUUGUUGAGUGUUGUAUAAUGUUUUAUAUGUCAGUGCUUUGAAUGUUGUGAAGCACCAAGACUUAGAUAAUGAUGGUAAAUGGUACUGCCAACUACAACUGUAGACAAGUUGAGGUACUGCUAACUAGAAAUGUGGACAGGUUGCAACCCAUGCUAAUAUAUUUUAACAUUCAAGAUUCACAAUUGUAUAUGUAUACAUGAUGUUCAGGCAAUUUGUUUAACACGUGUGUGUGUGUGUAAACAAAAAUUGAAAUUGUUCUUAGUGAAAAGUUUGUUUUAAAAGUGAACAUAUUUGAAUAUUCUAAUUUUGUCCACUUAAUGUUGUCCAAAUUUGAUAUGUCAUUGAUUGUAGAGAUCAUCACUAUUCUAUCAUUAAAACAUUUGAUCAUGA